AUGGAAGAGGGCAACCUGGCCAAAUGGCUGGUCAAGGAAGGCGAUCAGGUUUCGUCCGGCGAUGUCAUCGCCGAAAUCGAAACCGACAAGGCAACGAUGGAAGUCGAAGCGGUUGACGAAGGCACGGUCGGAAAGAUCGUCGUGCCGGAGGGCACCGAAGGCGUCAAGGUCAAUGAGCUGAUUGCCGUGCUUCUUGAAGACGGCGAGGAUGCCGGUUCCAUUAAUACGUCCGCUGGUAGUGCGGCUCCAGCACCAGCGGCCGCCGAGGUGCCGGCAGCAGCGGCAUCUACUGCUGCUCCGGCAACACCGGCGCCGGCAGGCCCAGCGCCCGUCGCCGCCGAUGGUGCCCGUAUCUUUGCAUCGCCCCUUGCACGGCGUCUGGCGAAGUUGAACAGUCUUGAUCUCAAGGCACUGUCAGGCACCGGUCCACAUGGCCGGAUCGUCAAACGGGACAUUGAAACCGCCAUUGCCGCAGGCACCGGGAAAGCUGCCCCUGCAGCCGAAGCUCCAAAGGCUGCCGCUGCGCCUGCACCGGCAACCGGGCCGUCCGCAGAUCAGGUUCUCAAGCUCUUCGACGAGGAUUCCUACGAGCUCGUGCCGCAUGACGGUAUGCGCAAGACGAUCGCCAAACGCCUGACGGAGUCCAAGCAGACAAUUCCGCAUUUCUAUGUUUCCGUGGAUGUGGAACUGGAUGCGCUCCUGUCAUUGCGCGCUCAGCUCAAUGGUGCCGCGGCAACGGACAAAGAAGGCAAGCCCGCCUACAAGCUUUCGGUCAACGACAUGACCAUCAAGGCCCUUGCCCUGGCGUUGCGUGAUGUUCCCAAUGCAAAUGUCUCCUGGACCGACGAAAACAUGGUCAUGCACAAGCAUGCCGAUGUCGGUGUCGCAGUCUCGAUCCCGGGCGGCUUGAUCACUCCGAUCAUUCGCGCGGCGGAAGAAAAACCUUUGUCCGUCAUUUCCAACCAGAUGAAAGAUCUCGGCAAACGGGCAAAGGAACGCAAGCUGAAGCCGGAAGAGUACCAGGGCGGUACGACUGCGGUUUCAAACAUGGGCAUGAUGGGCGUGAAAGACUUCUCGGCCGUCGUCAACCCGCCGCAUGCGACGAUCCUGGCGGUCGGCGCUGGUGAGAAGCGACCCGUUGUCAAGAACGACGCCCUGGCGGUUGCGACUGUCAUGACGGUGACGCUGUCAACCGAUCAUCGCUGUGUUGACGGUGCCCUGGGGGCGGAAUUGCUCGCAGCGUUCAAGGGCUACAUUGAAAACCCGAUGAGCAUGCUGGUUUGA